GUCAUCUGGAAUUGAAAGGAUAUCAAAGCACGACAUCAGCGACUCGAUCGAACUACGACUUUAGGUCACGAUUGCCAAAUCUGAUAUCGCCGAUUAGUAAUUUCGAAUUUAAAUAUUGCAUCCGGACAAGAUGAAGGCUACCGUUCUGAACAUGGCCAUUGCGGCCUCCAUCGCCGCUGGCGCUAACGCUCAGCCUCACCACCACGGUCACCACCACCACAAGAAGAACGUCGACAAGCGCGAUGUUGAGACCACUUACGUUCCUGCCACCGUUACUCAGUACAUGCUGGGCAACGAUGAAGUGAGCGCCGACGAGGCUAAGGCUGGUUUGGAUAAGGGUCUCUACGUCGUCGUUGGCGAGACCACCCCUACCUUCACCCCCCCUCCCAAGCCCGUGGUUACCAGCUCUUCUUCCAAGGAAGAUGCUGUCUUCAUCCAGAAGGUCACCUCAACUUCCUCUUCAUCUUCUGCUUACGCUACCACUACCAGCAGCAGCAGUGCCACUUCGUCCUCUGCCGCCGCCUCGUCGAGCGCCAGCUCCAGUUACUCCAGCGGCGCAACUGGUGUUAACGCCGAGUUCCCAAGUGGCAAGAUCAAGUGCUCUGAAUUCCCCGAGCAAUAUGGUGCUGUCCCUCUCGAUUAUCUUGGUCUCGGAGGUUGGACUGGUCUCCAGUUCACCCCUGACUACAAGAUCGGUGAUCUUUCGAUCAGCAACAUUAUCAACGGCGUGAAGGGCAUGGCCCAGCAGGCCGGCUUUUACUCGUACGCCUGCCCUGAUGGAUACGUCAAGUCCCAGUGGCCCGAGGCCCAGGGUAGCACCAAACAAUCCGUUGGUGGCCUUCAGUGCAACUCGGACGGCUACCUCGAGCUCAGCCGCCCUUCGUCCAAAACUCUUUGCGAACCUGGUGUUGGUGGCGUCACCAUCAAGAACGACAUGGCUAAGAACGUUGCCAUUUGCCGUACUGACUACCCUGGUAUCGAGGCCAUGGUCAUUCCUGUCGACUCCCAACCCGGUACUACCCGCAACUUGGCCAACGUCGAUUCUGCCGAUUACUAUCACUGGACUGGUCUGUCUACCACGCUCCAGUACUAUGUUAACCAGCCUGGUGUUUCGACCGAGGACGGAUGUGUGUGGGACUGCGCUACUGACCACGAUGAGUGCGGUAACUGGGCCCCUACUAUCCUCGGUGUUGGCAAGGCUGCGGAUGGCAACACUUACAUCUCGCUCUUCCCCAACACGCCCACUAGCAGCGCCAAGCCUAGGAUGAACAUCAACAUCACUGGUGACGUUAGCAUACCAUGCUACUUCCAGGAUGGCGCGUACGCCGUUGGUGACAGCGGCUGCACCACUACUAUCCCGUCCGGUGGCAGCGCCGUCAUCCAUUUCACCGAGGCUUAGUGUAGUGCGGUCCAUAGUUCUUUUCAGUCAUGCUGGGGUUAUGGGUUUCUAUAUUGCUUUCUAAUGGAUACCUCUUGCCAUCUUCCGCCUCAGUACGACGGGGUGUUAGAGGCCUGCUUGUCAUGUGGAUGAUGAACAUGA